AUGGUUGAAUGGUGCGCUAUUGUCUUCGACAAGAAAGGUAGUGAUAGAUCUACCUGUAGACCUCAGCACUUGGAGGGUGUUACCGAAUCAUUUGGUAAAGGUGUCUUAAAAUGUGCCGGCGCCUUGUAUCAUGAAGUGGGCUCCGAUGGAAAACCCACUAAUUUCGCAGGCUCUCAUCUACAAAUAGAAGCGAAGACCAAGGAGGAAGCGCUAGAGCUUAUCUAUAGUGAUGUUUUCGCUAAGCAAGAUAUUUGGGAUUUGGAAAAUAUCAUCAUCUAUCCAUUCGGAUGCGCUGUCCGUGCUCCUAAAUAG